AUGAGUAACCCUUUGAAUUGCUGCUGUCCAAAUCAAAAGUACACAAUUUACAUCACAGGAUCCAUGGAGGAUAAGAGAAUAUUUUGUGAGAAAGUAUUCAACAUUAAACUAAGAGACAUCUCCUUUUCUGAGAACUUGGUGCAUUUCAAUGGAACUAGCCUUAUCCUACUUGUUAUUGCAAACGAAGGGGAUCUAAGAGAUGUUCAUCAAAUGCAUAUGAAAAUGGCGAAUGCAGUGAUAUUGCUUAGAGACCGGGAUGAGAACGUGGAGACUGACAAGAAGACUUUGUUUGUCAGAAUGAAUGGAAAGUCGCAGCUAGAAAGUGAGAAUAAUUUGAUUGUACGAUCAGUCAUUAAGGGAUCAUAUGAAGAUGCAAGAGAUGGUGUAAAAGAGCUAACCAAGUUAAUAAAGCAUUAG